GCUUCCCUGUUUCAAAAUCGAUUGUAAGCAAAGCCUAAUUACUCUAGGACUCAAGUACAACGGUACAGAACCCUUAAUUAAUGGCCAUCUUUCUAUCUGUCUCCAUAAAUACACCGUGCUUGAAGGAAUGCCUCAUUUUACAAACCCAUCCUUGCAUUGCAGAAACCCUAGCUAGCCUAACUGGACCUCUGAUUUUUUAGUUUAUUUUUUGUGGAGAGCAAUAUCUAUAACGGUCCAUGCAAAUCAAAUAUCAAGUGUUAUGGUUAUAGCUUAGUCACUUUGAAUUCCACAGCCCCCCGGCCUCGGCCUUUCUUUUUCAUUGCAGUCAUCAGUUUUCUCCGUUUGUUCCUCUUAUUGUUCGGUUUCAAUACUGUCACUCUUACUGUUUCCCCCCCUGAAUAUGCGCAUUCUCUUUAGAUUUUUGUAGCCGUUGGAUUAUUCAGUUUCUAUAUUUUGAAUUAAGUUUGAUCGCUGAUCUAACUAGGAUGAGUACUUCAGUAACGUCUUCGCCUGAUUUUCUCCAAGGCUCUGAAUUUGUCGACUAUGCCACCUCGCCUGACAACUUCUUCAGCAUUCUUGAAGCUUUAGAUGGCGAGUUGAUGAAUACGAUAGAAAUGGCUGGUCAAGAAGAAGGCGGUGUUCGUGUAGAGGUGGAGAAUGCAACUGCACCUAGAUUAGUUUCUCAAAAUUCAGCACCUUGCUUAAUUAGUAACGACAUCGAUGUUAAAGCACCUGCUGAAGCUCGUAAUGACUUGAGCUCACCAAAGUCCAACAAAAGGAAGCUCAGUAGUCCUGCUGAAGAAGGGCAGCCAAAGAUUUCUCAUAUAACAGUGGAGAGAAACAGAAGGAAGCAGAUAAAUGACAAUUUAAAUGUCUUGCGUUCCCUUAUGCCUUCCUUUUAUGUCAAAAGGGGUGAUCAAGCGUCAAUAGUAGGAGGGGUUGCAGAUUACAUUAGUGAGUUGCAACAAGUCCUACGUUCACUGGAGGCGAAAAAGCAGAGGAAAGUGUACAGUGAUGUUGUCAUGAGCCCGAGGCUUAUUUCAAGUCCAAGAACAAAAGCAACCACAAUGUCAUCCUUACCAAUCAGUCCAAGAAAACCUCCUCUAAGUCCAAGACUGAUUUCAAGCUUACCGGCUAGUCCAAGAACUCCUCAAUCAAUCAACAAUAACAACUGCUCUGCUUUUAACAACCACCUGCAUAGGUUAUUAGUGCAACAACUCCAUCCGUCAGUUAAUAAUUUUUUAUUAUCUCCGACAAAUACCAUGGGAUCAUCCUCGGCUUCAUUGCUACUUGAACCUUCACCGUCUUCUUCCAAUUGCUCAACUUCGUCUAUCAUUGAUAACGACCAACUGGUUGCCAAUUCCAAGUCCAGGGUUGCUGAUGUGGAGGUCAAGUUCUCCGGUCCAAAUGUGAUAUUAAGCACUGUUUCUCCAAGAAUCCCUGGCCAGGCCCUGAAGAUAAUAUCAGCACUUGAACAUCUCUCCCUUGAAAUUCUCAGUGUUACCCUCAACACUACUGAUCAAAAUACCAUGAUUUAUUCCUUCACUAUCAAGAUUGGAAUUGAAUGCAAACUGAGUGCGGAGGAACUGGCUCAACAAAUUCAGCAAACAUUCUACUGAAGCCUAAAUUACACAAUACCACAAAAAGCAUCAUUUAUUUACUGGCAAAGCUGAAGCUGCAAUAUGAAAGGAGAAUUCAUGUAGGGGCAAUUGUCAAUUUACAGAUGACAUCAAUUAAUUGUUUUUAAAAGUUUUAUGUACUUUGUAGACAGUAAAUCGGUCCUAGUGCUAGCUAGUUUCUCAUAAAUUAAUUUCUUGAAUUCUCGAAUUAACAUUUUUUACUUAAUUAAUUGGAGUUAUUUAUACGUCAAAGGAAACACCUUACAUAAAAUGCUGUAUAUUUUUCAAAACAUUUAGGCCAAAAGGAAAAUUUUAGUUUUUACUUGUGUGACAAGA